AUUUUGCUGAAACACCCCACCUGCUGCCCAGCUUGUUUGUUGCCAGUGAGGUUCAUCUUGAGAAAAGAUUUUCACCAAGAAGCAGCUCACGGUGUAGGAUUUCUCACACUAUUGAUGUAGAUCAGAUACCAUGAUUCAAUAGAGACACAGGUCGGGGCAGUGAAGUGCCUGCUGCUGAAGGAUGAACGGAGAAGAGGAAUUCUUUGACGCCGUCACAGGCUUUGAUUCUGAUAACUCUUCUGGGGAAUUUUCAGAAGCAAAUCAGAAGGUCACUGGAAUGAUUGACUUGGACAGCAGCAAAAGUAAUAGGAUUGGGAAAAUUGGGGAGAGGCCCCCUCAGGAGAAUGGAAUUCAAAAACACAGGACGUCCCUGCCUGCCCCGAUGUUCACCAGGAGCGACUUCAGUGUCUGGAGCAUCCUGAAGAAGUGCAUUGGCCUGGAGCUGUCCAAGAUCACGAUGCCGAUAGCUUUCAACGAGCCUCUGAGUUUCCUCCAGCGGAUCACAGAGUACAUGGAGCAUGUGUACCUCAUCCACAAAGCCUCCCACCAGUCCCAGCCCCUGGAAAGGAUGCAGUCUGUAGCUGCCUUUGCGGUUUCCGCCGUGGCUUCCCAGUGGGAGAGGACUGGCAAACCGUUCAAUCCACUCUUGGGAGAAACAUAUGAAUUAAUCAGGGAAGAUUUAGGAUUCAGAUUUAUAUCUGAACAGGUCAGUCACCACCCCCCCAUCAGCGCAUUUUAUUCCGAAGGUCUCAACCAAGACUUUGUGUUUCAUGGCUCCAUCUACCCGAAGCUCAAGUUCUGGGGGAAGAGCGUGGAGGCGGAGCCGCGCGGGACCAUCACACUGGAGCUUCUCGAACAUAAUGAAGCCUACACCUGGACCAACCCCACCUGCUGUGUGCACAACGUCAUCAUUGGGAAGCUGUGGAUAGAGCAGUAUGGGAUGGUGGAGAUUUUAAACCACAGAACUGGAGAUAAGUGUGUACUUAACUUUAAACCAUGUGGGCUGUUUGGAAAAGAACUUCACAAGGUGGAAGGGCACAUUCAAGACAAAAACAAAAAGAAGCUGUUUAUGAUCUAUGGCAAAUGGACGGAGUGUUUGUGGGGCAUCGAUCCUGUUUCAUAUGAAUCCUUCAAGAAGCAAGAGCGGAGAGGCGACCACCCCAGAAAGGCUAGGCCGGAUGAUGGCUCCCGGAAAGCUGACAGUGACGUGGCUGACGAUGUGCCCGUGGUUCAGGAGACCGUGCAGGUCAUUCCAGGCAGCACACUUCUCUGGAGGAUCAACACCCGGCCCCCCAACUCUGCCCAGAUGUAUAAUUUCACCAGCUUCACUGUGAGUCUCAACGAGCUGAAGACAGGCAUGGAGAAGACUCUGCCGCCUACAGACUGCCGCCUGCGCCCCGACAUCCGCGGCAUGGAGAACGGCAACAUGGACCUGGCCAGCCAGGAGAAGGAGCGGCUGGAGGAGAAGCAGAGAGAAGCCCGCAGGGAGCGAGCCAAAGAGGAGGCAGAGUGGCAGACCAGGUGGUUUUACCCAGGCAAUAAUCCCUACACUGGGACUUCCGACUGGUUAUAUGCAGGAGAUUACUUUGAGCGGAAUUUCUCAGACUGCCCAGAUAUCUACUGAGGUGCUGGAGGGUCCGUGGACCCUGAGGUGUAAGGCUGGACUCCCUGGAACGGCCACUCUGAGCUUCGUCACGGCAAAAACCAGCUUUUCUAGCGACU